ACUCAAACAUUUUAUUUUAUUUUCACUUUUUAUUUAUUUAUUUAUUUUUCUAAUUAAAAAUAUUUAAUUGAAUUUAAAUUAUAAUUACUAUAUAAUGAAAUGAAAUGCAAUUAAUAUCAUAAAGUGAAUGAAUGGUGAAUAUGUUGAUCAAUGAAGACAUUAUGUGAUAGUAUUUGAAUUAAAGACCAUUUGUUAUGAAUGGUUACUUCAUUAGUGAUAUUGAGUGUCAUAUAAUCAUCAAAUUAGUGCCACAAUUGUAUUGCACUAAUCAUUAAACAAUUGUCUACUUUUGGUAAACAAUAAGUCUUUAUGUCAGCGAUGGACGACUACGAGUACGUGAGGAAUAUGACUUUGAUGUUCUUCUUGGACCGACUUAUGUUGAAAGACCAGCCGCGGACACUGCAUGACCUCUCGUGUCAGUUCGGCACCAAAGGAUUCACGAAAGAAAUGAGACAAAUAGCUGGCGGCAGUCAAUCGGGACUCAAGAAGUUUCUAUUGGAAUAUCCGUCUCUCUUCUGUAUACAAGACGAUCAGGUGUCGAUCACACCGUUAGUUAAAGAGACUAAUGGAGGACUAAUUGGCAAAAGAGAUUAUACUAAAGAGGCCGUCGAGUUCUUCAGGGAGAAGUUGUCACAAUAUGGCAACGCAGAGGUGCCUCUAAAGAGUCUGUUAGGACAUCGAUCACAAGCACCGCCUGAAGUAAGACAUGUCUCAGGACAGCACUCGAGGGAAUUCAAAGACUUUCUAUGUCGACAUUCGGAUGUUUUUGUCGUUUCUGAUGAUUAUGUUGUUCUCAAGAGUGUUAUCGAUAAUCUUGAAGCCGACGGCAAGACUAAAGGUUCAUUAACCAGAAUGCCUGAAGAGGUGCCUUUUGAUCCAUAUUUGACGCAACAAUUUAUAUCAUUUUUGGAGACAGAAAUUACAAGACUGACGCCUCAAUACUCAACUAAAUUAACUAUUGAUAUACUAUUUAAUUACAUGAAAAACAAUUGUAAUCUAGAAUUAUGGACCAAAUGUGUUAAAAAUUCAAAUGAUUUAAUAACAUUCUUGAAAAUGAAUUCAAAGGUAUUUCUUGUUGAAUCACACUUUGUUUCAUUGACACCGGAGAGGAAUAAUAAAGACAAACUAAACGAUAUUAACAGCAAAAAUAUUAAUAAUAAACAUAAUAUUUCUAAUAAUAGUAAUAAUAAUAUUAAUAAUUUUAAUUUAAAUAAUAAUAAUACUAAUAAUUCUAAUAAUAAUAUCUCUUUACAAUCAAACCCUUCGACUCAAUCUUCCAAUACAUCGACACCAAUAUCUUCGCCCUCAAGAAUAAACAGCGCUUCUUCAGUCAGUUCAAUGAAUCAGAGAAUUCGGUCACAAAUAAUGAAAAUAGUUUCAGACAAUUCGCAGAUGAAGUACAAGAAUAUAAAUCAUACAAAUAAUAGCCAUAACUUGUCGACCAAUAUUGAGGCAAAUAUUAUGCGUAAUACACGAAUAAUUACAAAAAUAAAAGAAGGACAAGAAGUUGUUAACGAUAUAAACAAAAAUUGCAAAUAUUUUGCCAUUGAUUGCGAAGGGAUUAACUUAGGAACCGGAGGACAAAUCACUUUAGUUCAGUUGGCUUACAUGACUUCUCAUCAAACGACACCUAAAGUCUGUAUUUUUGACGUUUUCUUAAAUCCAGAUCUUAUGAAGUCUUGUUUGAAAACAUUGCUUGAAUCCGAAGAUAUUGUUAAAGUGAUUCAUGACGUGAAAAACGACAGCUGUUGUCUUUAUGGUCAAUACGGGAUAACUAUUGCUAACAUUUUUGACACUCAAGUUUCGCAUUCAAUAAUACAACAACAAAAUACUGGACGUCCGGCAUAUAAAGCUAAAUAUACAUCACUAAACAAUUUGUGCGAAAUAUACGGUAAUAAUACAUACGUUUGCAAUGCAAAGAAGGAUCAAAUGAAGAAAAUCUAUCGAAAAGAUCCUAAAUAUUGGAGUCAUAGACCGCUUAGCGACGAAAUGAUAUUUUAUGCGGCAUCUGAUGUCUAUUCAUUGAUUCCCGAUGUCUACAACAAAAUGUCAAAUGCAAUUCAUACACAAUAUUUACCAUUACUUAAACAAUUAAAUUUUGAGGCAAUCUAUGCUAAGAUAGACACAGAAAAAGUAAAACAUAUGAAAAAACAACGAAAACUUGAUAUGGAAGUGACAGACUUGAAGAUGAAACUCUUCAAUACUGAAGCCAAACAAAUUGUUUUAAGUAAUCGUGAGAUUAGAUUAUUAAGAUAUAUUGAUCUGACGGAUGAAAUCCGGGCCAAAAUUGAGGGCUCACAAAAAGUAGCCAAAAAGCUGGAGCGUAUCGAUAAAAAGUCAAUGGAUGCAAAUACCGUUUCGGGUAAUGGUAGUCAAAGUUUGGACACUAAUACUAUGAGCUUUAGUGACGAUGAUUCGGAUAAAAACUCAGACAAUGAAGUGGAUUCAGACAAUGACGAGGACUGUUCGAUCCCGAGCUCAGAACUUAAUAAUCAUAAUAUAACAGUCUUCAGUCCAUCUGAUUCUCUCGUCUCAAACAAGAGCUGUUGUAACUGUUGUUGUCAUCAAAACGGCUUAAACAUUGAAUUGAAUUCAAUAACAAGUAGAUCAGUGAUUAAUGAAAGUCUGUCAGACAAUAGGUUAUUAUGUGACUCUGGGGUACAGACUCUGUCAACUGGAGAUAUAGUUAUCACCAAAGUUUAUUUUGACGACAAUCCUCAAACAAUUAGAGAUAAAAUGAAUGAAAAUCUAUGUCCAAACAAACGACGGAAGAAGUCAACAAACUCGAGAUCGAGACAAACAAAACUAGUCUUUGACACAAACAAUAAACUGACAAUAGAUGUGACAAAUUUGGCAAAUAAGAAGAAUAAACUACAGACGACUACCACUACUCAUGUCAUCACAAUUGAAGACACGAGUGACUCAAUGGAUGAACAAUCAAUACCUCAAUCAAUACCUCAAUCAAUACCAAAAGCCAUACCACAAGCCAUACCCGAACCCAUAACCAAAUCGGUGACAAAAUCAAUCGUAAAACCAUUUUCAUUGACUAGUGAUGACCACUUUGAAUGUAUGGCCAACACAAUUGAAAUUCAAUCAGAAAAGAUAACACUAGAUCUUGAGUUGGAACUAAUACAAGAGUGUUAUGAGAAUGUGAUAACUGUUCCGGCAUUACAAUCAGCAAAACAAAUUAGAGAAGAAUGUAUGGCUUUAGGAAUUGAUUUUGAAGAUAAUGACGACGAAGACGACGAAUCGUAUACACGAUCAUCAAGUGGUGUUAAUUACGAAGUGGAAGCCAUUUAUGAUAAGAAAUUUGAUGUCGAAUCCAAACAGACGUUGUAUUUCGUCAAAUGGAAGAAUUAUUGCUCCGACAACAACACAUGGGAACCGAUUUACAAUCUUUCAAAUUGUAAAAAAUUAGUUGAAGAAUAUAAUCACAUUUGUUUUAUCAAAGAUAGUACUCAACAGAAAUAUUUGUUAGAUAUCUAUCAGAAGUUUUAUAAACUGAAAGGUAUUCUCGAAGAUAUCUAUGAGAAGAAAGUUGAGACCAAUGUUUUAACGACAAUGCUUUUGAUUUUUAACGAUAUAAAUCUCAAAUCGUUUAGUCACACAAAGACAGCCAUUAGAACUAUGAGAAUAGAGUUAAGAGACAAAUAUUUGUCUUUUAUCGAUGAAAUCGUUGAAAAACCAAUGGCUGGUCAAAGAGUACAUGAAAUCGAUAAAAAGUUUAAUGAAUUUCUAAAGUCAUUAAAUAUCACAAAACGUUUCUCUGAUUUUAAUUUGUUCACUCAAUUCUUUUACAAACGAAAACUAACUGAACAAUUGUUAAUUAAAUGGCAAAACAAUGUAAACGCUAUCAUUAAGAGUGAUAAGGAAGGACUGCCCAUAACAGUGGAGAACUAUGUGGACUAUGAAGUGCCUCCACCGACAUUCACAUACAUUUCCAAAUGUAUUACCAAAAAUAAAAACAUUGAAAUAAGUGAUGACCCACCUGUUUAUUGCCAAUGUUUUAAUUGUAAUGAUAGUUACGACACAUGUUGUGUGUCAACAAAUCAGGUGCACAUCGCUUACAAUGAAAAGGGUUUCCUCAAAGACUUAAGAAGUCAAAAAGUCAAUGCUAUUUACGAGUGUAAUAGGCAUUGCAAAUGUGACCAAAAUUGUGUCAACAGAGUCGUACAAAAGGGACGAAAGCAUAAGUUAUCCAUCUUUCGCACUGAUGAUGGUAAGGGUUGGGGCGUACGAACACUCGAACCUAUUAAUAGAGGGGAAUAUGUAAUGGAAUACGUGGGAGAAAUCAUAGCCGUUGAAGAAGCCGACCGAAGAGGUGCUAAAUAUGACGCCGAAGGACGUACUUAUCUCUUUGAUUUGGACUUUACUCCAGAAGAGGAUACUAACGAAAUGUAUAAAUACACAUUAGAUGCCACACAAUGUGGAAAUGUAUCACAUUUUGUCAAUCAUUCAUGUGAUCCCAAUUUGGACACACGUUGUGUUUGGAUCAACAAUUUGGAUCCAUUGAUGCCACACAUUGCACUGUUUGCAGUCAGACAUAUCCGAUGUAAUGAAGAACUGACAUUUGACUACAAGAUUACUAGUGUUCAUGGCUUAACUGAAAGUGAGGACAAUCACGAAUGCAGUGGUAAUGACUCGGGGAUCGACACUUCAUCGGGUGAGCUAAAGGACAAACCGAAGCGAGUUUUGUGUCGCUGUGGAGCCGAUAAUUGUCGGGGAUUUUUAUAUUAGUUGUCAACUUACUCAACAACUAAUAUACAUCUCAUUUAAUGAUAUUUUCUAUAUUUAAAUCUAUAUAUUUAUUGACAAAAUUACGGCUUAAGUAAAUUAUAAUGAAUUCAUUUAGUUUAAGUUUAAUUUAUUUGUUCAUUUAUUUUUAUUUUAAUACUAAUUAAAUUCAUUGAUUGGAUAUAAGCAUUGAGACAAAU